AUGUCAGAGGAUAUGACAAAACUAUUCCAGAUGAUGAAAUUGGAACUUGAUAAACAAACUGCAACGAUUACUCAGAGUGUAACCGACAGUAUCAUGCGCAAUAUAGACGACAAAAUAAAACCAAUAUUGGAAGAAAAUAAGUAUCUUAAGAACGAGGUACAGAAGUUGAAUGACAAAGCAAGAUACUUAGAAAACAAAGGUAAGAAAAAUAACCUGAUUCUACACGGCAUAAAAGAAAUAGAAAAUAAUCGACAAGAACUGUUUAAUUUAAUAAAAGAAAUCAUGAAAGGUUUAAAUGUUGAUAUCAACUCCUAUGAGAUAAAUAACUACUAUAGACUAGGAAAGAAGCAUGAUGAGGAAAAAAUAUACGCUCCUACAGAAACAGCAAAGAAAGAGACUAAAAACGAAUUCUACAAAAGCUUAAAUGAAAUAAUGGAGAAUUUAUACAAAACCAUUAUUGUAAUGGGAGAUUUUAAUAGCCAAAUUGGUCAGAGGAGAAAAAACGAAGAUAAAAUAAUAGGACCCUACACAAUAGGCAAACGAAAUGAUAAUGGACAAAGGUUGAUAAACUACGCGGCAGAGAAUAACUUAACUCUCGAAUGGGACGAUUACGGUAUUAAUAUUAAUGGAGUGUUACUAAAUCAUCUGAGAUUUGCCGACGACCUCAUACUUAUAAGCGAAAAUCCAGAAACUUUACAAAAAAUGAUUGAGCAACUUGUAUGUGAAAGUGAAAAAGUUGGACUAUCAUUGAACACAAACAAAACAAAGCUGAUGACAAACUACAAAAAAGUCCCUAUCAAACCUUACAACACAGCUAAAUUAGAAUAUCACACAGUCGUCUGCUUGAAAACGAGCCACUAA